AUGGCGCAGAUAAAGAGAAAAGGCCACGGCCAGGAGGACGUAGGCACUUCUGCGCCGAAGAAGAAGACAAAAGUUGACGCCAAAGAGCUCAAUGGCGCAUCAAAGUCGAAGAAGCCGAAGGAGCACAAGGAGCCAAAAGAGGCUUCUAAAGCUAGCAAAAGCGAUACAAGCACUGCUCCGAAAGCUGCGCCGAUUUCGAUUUUACGAGACGAACAGCCCGCCUUUCCUCGAGGUGGUAACAGCGUGCUCACCCCUCUCGAACGAAAGCAGAUUCAGAUCCAAGCCACCAAGGAUGUCUUGUUUGAACAAAACGGGAAGAAUGGCGCAGAGUUUGCGAAUAGCGACGAUGAAGGAAGCAUGAAAGAGCUCGAAGAUAAGAAGGAUACCUAUACAAAGCCGAAGAAAAGAAAGGCAAAGUCAACGAAGGCCAAGGACGAGCCAGCGGCAGCCAAGCAGGGAGUGAAGGUUGAAUCUCUCACCUACAAGCGUAUUGCUGUUGGAUCGAAAAUUCUCGGCCAAGUAUCAAGUAUUGGCAUUCACGAUAUCUCACUCGCGCUUCCCAAUAACCUGACGGGUUUUGUUCCCUUGACUGCAAUCUCGAAGACUCUGACACAAAAGGUCGAAGCCUUGCUAGGAAACGAUAAUAGCGAAGAUGAGGACGAUGAGGAUGACGAUUUUGAAUUAAAGGACUUUGUCAAGGUUGGACAGUAUCUGCGCGCAUCGGUCACCUCGACCACCCGUGACGAUGAGGACAAGAAAGUGAAAAAUAAGAAGCGUAUUGAGCUAUCCAUUGAGCCACAUGCCGCAAAUUCCGGUCUAACGAAGGCGGAUAUGGUGGUGAAUGCCACAGUUCAAGCAUCGGUUGCUAGUGUCGAAGAUCAUGGUCUCAUAAUGGAUCUUGGCCUAGACGAUAGCGAGACAAAAGGAUUCGUCUCCUCUCGAGAACUGCCUGCUGGCGUCGAUAUUUCAACCGUCAAGGAGGGUUCGGUCUUCCUUUGCAUUGUUACCGGUCAAAACGCCAGUGGGACUGUAGUAAAGCUCUCCGCAGACCUUGCCUCCGCUGCGUCCGUUAAGAAAGCCCAUUUCUUGAACACAGCACCAACUAUCAAUGCCUUCCUUCCGGGCACUGCGGCCGAAGUACUGAUUACUGAGGUAACACCACGCGGACUGGUUGGGAAAAUUAUGGGAAUGCUGAAUGCGGUCGUUGAUAUUGUUCACUCUGGAGCAAGCGAUGGGAAAAAAGACUUGACAACAAAGUACCAUGUAGGCGCGAAGAUCAAAGGCCGUCUUAUCACAACCUAUCCCUCUAGCGAUCCUAUCAAGCUUGGUUUCUCCAUCCUUGACAGUGUCCUGAAAUUUUCUCCUACAGCCACCUUGACGAGCGGAGAUGACAAUGACGCACCAUCAAUUUCUGAUAUUAUACCAGAAGUCAAGGUUACUUAUGUCGACAGCUCCCUUGGAUUGUAUGUUCAAUUGGGAUCUACCAAAUAUCAAGGAUUCGUACACCUUUCAAGGCUUGCAGAUGAACGGGUGGAUUCAAUUUAUUCCUCUGAAGGGCCUUAUAAAGUAGGCUCGACACAUGAAGGGAGGAUAAUCGGGUUCAGCGCUAUGGACAAUCUGUUCUUGGUGUCGUUAGAACCGAAGAUCAUUGAACAGCCCUUCCUUCGACUCGAGGAUGUAACAGUUGGUAGUACUGUCAAGGGAAAGAUUGAAAAACUUCACAUUGGACCAGAGGGUAUUGAUGGGCUGAUUGUCUCUCUCACGGACAAAAUAUCCGGCCUCGUCCCAGGCAUGCAUAUGGCCGAUACUAAGCUCCAGCAUCCCGAAAAGAAAUUCAGAGAGGGUCUCAAGGUCUCUGUACGAGUUCUAUCUGUCGACCUACAAAAACACCAACUCAGAUUAACUAUGAAAAAAUCGCUAUUGAACAGUGAAUCUGCUCCAUGGAAGGACUACGAAAACAUAUCUGCAGGAAACCGGUCCCCGGGAACCUUGAUUAAAAUUCAGAAUAACGGUGCUGUCGUUCAAUUCUAUGGUCCUGUCAGAGGUUUCCUCCCAGUAUCAGAAAUGAGUGAAGCCUAUAUUAGCGACCCUUCACAACAUUUCACUGUAGGCCAGGUGGUCAAUGUACACGCACUUAGCGUUGACCCUGAGAAUGGAAAAUUGGUCGUCUCUUGCAAAGAUCCCGCGACCGUGACUGCGGAUUACCAGACUGCAUUCGAGAAAAUUCGCCCUGGGCUUGUUGUUUCUGGGACCGUUUUUGAGAAGUCGAGCGAUGAUUUACUUAUCAAGCUACAGGAUUCAGGCUUAGUCGCAAGAUUGAACUCCGAUCACAUCUCCGAUGGUUCUGCAUCGAAACGUGCAUCUGCUUUGAAUCGUAUCAGGGUCGGCCAGAAGAUGGAUGGCCUUCUAGUCUACAAAGUCAAGAAGACCCACCGCCUCAUCCAGGUCACCAACAGGGUUACUCUAAAGGAAGCUGCCGCUGAAGGGAGACUACCAGCCAAGUUUGAGGAUAUCAAACAUGGCUUGAAAGUAACAGGUCUAAUAAGGAAUAUCAUCCCAGAGGGUAUAUUUGUGGAGUUUUUGGACAACCUCACUGGCUUGAUACCAAAGCGUCUGGUUGACGAUGAUCAUAUUUCUCGACCCGAUUUUGGAUACUCUCGAUCUCAAGUCCUCUCAUCUACAGUUUGUGCCGUCCAGGAGGAUUCUGAAAGAUUUCUUCUCAGCUUAAAACCUGUUGGAAAAAGCAAGGAGACGUCUGAGGCCGGUUCCGCUCCAGAAAAGAAAACAACUGCCAGGCCGUUGACAAACCCUGUUGAUGAGGAGUUGAAAUCCAUGGAGGACAUUACACUUGGGAAAGUCACCAAGGCUAAAAUUACAUCUGUCAAAGACACUCAACUAAAUGUUAUCAUAGCGGAAAAUGUUCAAGGUCGUAUUGAUGUUUCCGAAAUAUUUGACUCUUGGGAGGACAUCAAAGACCGAAAACACCCACUUCAGAUCUUCCAUUCCAAGCAGAUUCUUCCAGUCCGAGUACUUGGAAUUCAUGACGCAAGAAAUCACAAGUUCCUUCCUAUCAGUCAUCGAUCUGGUAAAGUGUCGGUUUACGAGCUCUCCGCUAAGCCCAGCUGUCUAGAGGCACCUACGUUUGAACCUCUUCACUUGGAACGCCUCAAGGUUGGAGACAUCCAUAUAGGAUAUGUUAAUAACAUCGCUGAAGACUGUCUAUGGUUAAAUAUCUCGCCAAAUGUACGAGGAAGGCUGCGUAUUACUGAUAUCUCAGAUGAUAUGUCAGUAAGGGGUAAUAUUCAAAAGCAUUUCCCAGUCGGCUCGGCGAUCAAGGUAGCAGUGGCUGGAGUGGAUACUGAGAAAAAUCGACUCGAUUUGUCCGCAAAGAUUGGAGAUACGGCCAAAACGCUGACAGUUGCAAAUCUAUCCAAGGGGAUGAUACUGCUGGGCAGGGUGACCAAAGUAACUGAUCAUCAAGUUCUGGUCCAAAUCAACGAUAAUGUUGUCGGCGUGGUUUCUCUGAUUGACAUGGCCGAUGACUAUACGAAAGUAAACCCAACCAACUUCCACAAAAACGAGGCUCUGCGUGUAUGCGUCGUUGAUGUGGAUAUCCCUAACAAAAAGAUUUACUUCUCGGUACGGCCGUCGAAGAUUCUCAGUUCAUCUUUGCCUGUUGAAGACCCCGAGAUCACUUCCAUCAACCAACUUCGUGUUGGCCAGAUUGUUCGUGGAUUUAUUCGAAGAGUGGACAAUAUUGGAGUUUUUGUGACUCUGGGACAUAAUGUGUCAGCUUAUAUCCGAGUUUCAGACCUUUCCGACUCCUAUUUGAAAGAAUGGAAGGAUGAGUUCCAGGUUGACCAACUCGUUCAAGGCAGGAUUACUUUGGUGGACAAGGAGAGCAACAAGAUACAGAUGACACUAAAGAAGUCAGCCCUCGAUCCUAACUAUAAACCACCCUUCACUCUUAAAGAUUUGAAGGUAGGCCAAAUUGUUACUGGUAAGGUUCGAAAGGUCGAAGAAUACGGUGCCUUCAUUGCUAUCGAUGGUAGCGCGAACCUCAGCGGACUGUGCCAUAGAUCUGAGAUGGCAGAGAAAAGGGUUGAAGAUGCCACGCAGUUAUAUGAAAAGGAUGACAUAGUGAAAGCAAAGAUCUUGAAGGUUGACCUGGAAAAAUGUCAAAUUGCGUUGGGAUUGAAAGCAUCGUAUUUCAAUGAUCUCCCGGCUGAGGAAGAGAGUGAAGAUAGCGGAAAUGACGAUAACGCAGGCGGUAUCAAGCUCCAUGCUGAGGAUGACUCUGAUGAAGACACGUCAAUGGGAGGAGUUGAUAUCGAUGGCGAGGAUGAGGAAGAGAAUGGAGAUGAGGGGGAAAGUGACGACGAUGUUCAAAUGGAGGAUGCAGCUGAUGACACCAAGAAAGGAGGACUUGUUACCUCUGGCUUUGACUGGACUGGUGACGGAGAUAAAGACAAGCAAGAAGUCCCUGAUGACUCUUCCGCCGAAGAUGAUGGCACUACGAAGCGGAAGAAGCGCCGGAAGGCAGAGAUUCAGGUUGACAAAACCGGCGACUUGGAUGCCAACGGGCCUCAAUCUGUUGCCGACUACGAACGACUACUUCUAGGAGAACCAGACUCCAGUCUUUUGUGGCUGAAGUAUAUGGCCUUCCAGCUUGAAUUGGGCGAAGUAGACAAAGCCAGAGAAAUCGCCGAUCGUGCCUUGCGAACGAUGAGUAUCGGUCAAGAUACAGAGAAGCUCAACGUCUGGGUUGCGCGCCUUAAUUUGGAAAAUACCUUUGGCAACGACGAUAGUCUCGAGGAGGUUUUUAAGAGCGCGUGCGAAUAUAACGAUGCUCAUGAAAUAUAUGACAGGAUGGCAAGCAUAUUCAUUCAAUCCGGCAAAACGGAGAAAGCGGAUGAAUUAUUCCAAGCCGCCCUGAAGAAAAAAGUCUCUUCCACUCCUGACUUCUUUUUGAAUUACGCCAAUUUCCUUUUCGAUACCAUGGAAGCACCUCAGCGUGGGAGAGACUUGCUCCCUCGCGCUCUACAGUCUCUCCCUCCACAUACCCAUGUCGAAGUCACGUCCAGAUUUGGCCAGCUGGAAUUCCGCUCCCCCAACGGAGACAUCGAGCGUGGAAGGACAGUAUUCGAGGGUCUUUUAUCCUCGUUUCCUAAACGCAUCGACCUGUGGAACGUGUUAUUGGACUUAGAGAUCAAGGUCGGUGAUGAGGAGCAAGUUAGACGGCUCUUUGAGCGUGUCCUUGGAAUUGGUCAUGGUGUGGUCGCUGCCGAUGGAAGUAAAGAAGGGCCGAAGAAGAAACUCAAGGAAAAACAAGCCAAAUUCCUUUUCAAAAAGUGGCUCGCUUUCGAAGAGAAGAUUGCCUCUGAUGGAGAUUUGAAGAUGGUUGACGAGGUUAAGGCCCGCGCGGCGGACUAUGUCAGGUCAAUUAAAGGAGGUGCUUGA